AUGUCGACGACUACUACCUCUCCUCUAACGCCACCGUCAGUUAACACCGUUGGCAGUUCGCAAACUCUUCUAACCAAGGCACAGGAGUAUCUCCCUGACGUUGACCAUGCCGUCUUCAAGCACUUCCGCAUCAUCAAGAGGGUCGAGGGAAAAGCUCAGCAGUACGCGUGCAAGCUCUGCAGCAACGUCUACACUGGUGCUGCCAUCCGAUGCGCGCAACACUUCACGUCGUGGAAGGGGAUGAAACGCCGUGAAGUGGUGCUUUGCAAGGAUGCGCCACAAGAUGUGCGCUUGGCCAUGCGCGCGAAAUACGAGGCAAAGGCUGCUGCGGCCGAAGAGAAGAGGCGGGCAGCAGCUGAAGCAGUUGCCGCGGUCAAGGCUAAUGGUGUGAAGCGGGCGCGCAUCACCGAUUACCUUGAUGGGGAUGCGGCCGCAAGAAAGAGAGAAGCGGAGGAGGCACUUGCGCUUGCUUGGGCCGCCCUCCAUAUCCCCGAGCACCACAUUGACCAUCCUCUGAUGGUCAAUGCAUUGAACCUCGUCAAGCGCGCCGGCGCCGACUACGUCCCUCCCAAGAGGAAAUACAUCGGCGGUGCUGGCCUUCUCUCGUGUCGCAAGGGAAUCGAGCAGGGUUUGGUGGGCAUUAAGGCGAGCUGGAAGAGGACGGGCGUGACGGUUUCGUCCGACAUGAUGACGGACCGCAACGGCAGGCCGCAGGCCAACGUGCUUCUCGUGAACGAUUCCGGCGCCGUCUUCACCGACUGUAUUGACUGCAACAUGGAGAGAAAAACCGGAGGUUACGUGGCGGGAAUUCUUAGGCCCGUGGUGGAGGAAGUGGGUCCAGAAAACGUUGUUGCGUUCUGCAUGGACGGAGGGUCGAACUAUGCGGUGGCGGUGAAGCAGCUCUUACAGGAGUGGCCGCACAUUCAGGAUGUGCCGUGCGCCACUCACGUAUUGGAUCUUCUCAUGGAAGAUGUGGGGAAGAUGGGAUGGGCUAAGCCGGUGGUCGACAAGGGAGGGGAGAUAUCUAGCUUCGUCCGCAACCACCACUGGACCCGAGGCCUUACCAACAUGGUGACGAGCGAGGGUUGGAAGGAGUGGGCGGUAGGGGACCGGAAGAAAUCGUGUGACGGGUUCAGUGCGCUGAUCCAUGAUGCCGCCUGGCGGAAGACGGCCGAGUUCUUCGUCGCACUGCUGAAGCUGCCCUUUAAGGUGACGAGGCAGACGGACGGGCAUGCCGUGGGGAUGAUGGGGAGGCUGUACGAUUUGAUGCUGCAGUUGACUGAGGACGUGGGGGGCUUGCUCGAUGCGGACGAGGAGCACCUGAGCAACGGGGACAAGGACAAGAUCCGCCACAUCCUCAGAGACCGCUGGGACGGCAGCCUCGCAUGCGCCAUGCAUGUCGCUGGCCGCAUCCUCAACCCCGCGUAUCAGGAGGAAGAUAUUUUUGGCACUGAUCUCGAGUGCACGAAAGUCUUCAAGGUGUUCAUCAGCCAGCAGGCCGAGUUCCUUGCGAGCCGCGGGGAUGGGGGGGAUGACGCGUGCAACAUCUUGCUUAAGCUAGGGGACGGGCUAAGGGCGUUCCUUGACAUGAAGGGUUCUUUUGGGAUGCCGGAAGCCGUGGCACAGAGGAAGCUGGUGAAAGAGGGAAAGUAUAGCAUGGUGAAGUGGUAG